AUGCACGUGGUUGGCGAUGCGGGGCUCCUACACCACCUCCGUUAUCUUCCCCGAGCUGCAGCUCGUUUCGCCACACUGCCGGACGGAUCUCGCUUGCCCAUCAUCGGCGUUGGCACCAUACAGAUGGACGGCUUCAGCAUACCUAUUGUCUACCUAUUGGAGGGGGUGACAGUGAACUUGGUUUCGGUCAGCCGGCUUAGCACGGAGCACGACAUAUGCUGCUGCUUUUACAGAAACCGGUGCCAGCUGAUGCUGCUCGCUGACGGGUGGACUGGGGUUGUUGGAGAGGCCGUGCUGGAUGACGAUGGUAUCUACGGCCUUCGGUUCCUUCGAGUUGCAGAAGCAACUGCGUGA